UGCGGCGUGGGUGUCAUGGCGGCCUCCGCGCUGGGGUCGGCGUGGGGCCCGCUGGGACUUGGCGUUCCCGGCCUGUGCCGCCGCCGGCCGCCCCGGGGCCUGUGGGCGCGCGCGCGGCGGCUCCCGGGGCCCGCGGGGUCGGGGCGGAGCGUGGCGGCGGCCAGCGGACUGGGCGCCUCAGGCACUGACGGCUACUGCAUGGAGCUGCUGCGGAAACGAGAUUAUGAAGGCUAUUUAUGCUCCCUGCUGCUCCCUGCAGAAUCCAGAAGCUCUGCUUUUGCACUCAGAGCCUUCAAUGUGGAACUGGCUCAGGUUAAGGACUCAGUCUCUGAGAAAACAAUUGGACUGAUGCGAAUGCAGUUUUGGAGGAAAACUGUGGACGAUAUAUACUGUGACAAUCCACCACACCAGCCUGUGGCCAUUGAAUUGUGGAAGGCUGUCAAAAGACAUAAUCUGACUAAAAGAUGGCUUAUGAAAAUCAUUGAUGAAAGAGAAAAAAAUUUGGAUGACAAAGCUUAUCGUAAUAUCCAGGAACUGGAAAGUUAUGCUGAAAACACACAGAGCUCUCUUCUUUAUUUAACACUAGAAGUACUGAGUAUAAAGGAUCUCCAUGCAGAUCAUGCCGCGAGUCACAUUGGAAAAGCACAAGGCAUUGUCACUUGCUUGAGAGCAACGCCGUAUCAUGGAAGCAGAAGAAGGGUGUUCCUUCCCAUGGAUAUUUGUAUGCUGCAUGGUGUUUCACAAGAGGAUUUUCUACGGGAGAAGCAAGAUAAAAAUGUGAGAGAUGUGGUAUAUGAUAUUGCCAGCCAGGCACACCUGCACCUAAAGCAUGCGCGGUCCUUUCACAAAAGUGUUCCUGUGAAAGCAUUUCCUGCCUUUCUUCAGACGGUUGCUCUGGAGGACUAUUUAAAGAAAAUUCAACAAGUGGAUUUUGAUAUAUUCCACCCAUCUUUACAGCAAAAGAAUACAUUACUUCCAUUAUCUUUGUAUAUUCGGUCAUGGAGAAAAAGAUAUUAAAAUUAUGGUACUGGUUUUAAUUUACUUUUAUUUGUUUUACAAAAGUAUACUAGUUAGGGUUCUUGUUUACAAACAAUAGGAACUGACUCUCUUAAGGAGAAAACGAAUAUAUUGGAUGGAUGUGUGUAGCUCACAGAGUUGAUGAGAAGUUGCUCUGGGGCUAGGGUGCCAAGACACUGCCAAGAUUCUGCCUCAGGCACCGCCAUUGUCACCACCAGCCCAGACAGUGUCUGCUGUGCCAUCCCUGUAAAGUUGGAGCCCCAGGAGGGAGCAUCGGUUUAGCUCUGCUUAGGCUGCAGGCCAUGCUUCAGCCACCAGAGGGCAGGGAGAAGGAAUGUCUCCUUCCUUCUUCACUCUUGGAGAAGAAGGGGGAAAGGGCUCAAGAAGUGCUGGGUUAGCACACUGAGCAGCCAGAACUCAGGUAUCUAUUACAGCUGGGUCACAAAGAGUGACAUUAAUAUUUGAGGAGUGUCAGUCAUAAUGUUGAGGGCUUUAUAUUCCUAACAUUUAAUCUUUACGACUCUAUGGAAGUGUAUCCAUGAUGAUUACUUCUUUAAGAUAAGACAGCUGGCUGGCAAGAGUUGGAAUCCUAAUUUGACUUGAGGUUUGGCUGAUUCGAAAGCUUUUACUUUUUUGUUAACCCCACAGCUUUCCUCUCUGUCAUUCAAUAUUAUUAUGAUCAUGAACAAAAUUGUAUUAACAAAAUGUGUAUUAAUGUAAAUUAUAUUAUGAAAAUUGUAGUGAAUAUUCAUUAAGGGGAUAGUAUAUUUUUAAAAACUAGUGCACUAUUUGAGCUUCCUAGUGAUAAGCUCUGUGCUGUAUACUUUCUCCAAUGUUCUCAUUUGAUCUUUAAAACUCUAUGAAAUAAGGAAUUUUUUUGGUAAUUAAAAAAUUUAAAUUAUAAAAUACAUACUAAUUGCAAAAAACCCCAAAAUUGUUUGCCUUGCUGCUAAUUGGCAGAUCUGGACUCUGCACGGGUCUCCGCCUCACAAGACCAGGAUUAUGCUGCAGUUUCCUUUUCCUACCUUUUCAGUGGUCUUGUCUCCUGCCCACUACCACCUCUGGUGUACUGUUCUCUAUCCUAUCUCUCUUAAGCCUUUGGUUGCAGCUAUGAAUUAGUGCCUAGAUCAAUUGUGACUUAGUGAUGGCUUAAAAUACUACAUUUUUGCAAAUAAAACUCAAAGUGAGGGCAAGAAUACAUUGUUUUUUUUCAUCUAGGGAUCCCCCAGCAUCUAGAAUGGCUUCUGAUUUAGAGCGAGUAGAGAUUAAUAAACGAGAGAUUAAUAAAUGUAUAAUUGAAUGAA